AACGCACACAGGUGAGAAACCAUAUAAAUGCAUGGAAUGUUGAAAGUGCUUCAGUCACAGCAGUACCCUGAAUAACCAUCAAACAACUCAUACUGGUGAGAAACCAUAUAAAUGCAUGGAAUGUGGGAAGAGCUUCAGUCGUAGCAGUUAUCUGAAUUCCCAUCAAAGAACGCACACAGGGGAGAAACCAUAUACGUGCAUGGAAUGUGGAAAGAGCUUCAGUCAGAGCAGAUACCUUAGUUCACAUCUAAGAAUUCACACAGGGGAGAAACCAUAUACAUGCAUGGAAUGUGGAAAGAGCUUCACUUGUAGCAGUAGGCUGAGGUUACAUCUUAGAAUUCAUACAGGGGAGAAACCAUAUACAUGCAUGGAAUGUGGAAAGAGCUUCACUUGUAGCAGUAGGCUGAGGUUACAUCUUAGAAUUCAUACAGGGGAGAAACCAUAUACAUGCAUGGAAUGUGGAAAGAGCUUCACUUGUAGCAGUAGGCUGAGGUUACAUCUUAGAAUUCAUACAGGGGAGAAACCAUAUACAUGCAUGGAAUGUGGAAAGAGCUUCACUUGUAGCAGUAGGCUGAGGUUACAUCUUAGAAUUCAUACAGGGGAGAAACCAUAUACAUGCAUGGAAUGUGGAAAGAGCUUCACUUGUAGCAGUAGGCUGAGGUUACAUCUUAGAAUUCAUACAGGGGAGAAACCAUAUACAUGCAUGGAAUGUGGAAAGAGCUUCACUUGUAGCAGUAGGCUGAGGUUACAUCUUAGAAUUCAUACAGGGGAGAAACCAUAUACAUGCAUGGAAUGUGGAAAGAGCUUCACUUGUAGCAGUAGGCUGAGGUUACAUCUUAGAAUUCAUACAGGGGAGAAACCAUAUACAUGCAUGGAAUGUGGAAAGAGCUUCACUUGUAGCAGUAGGCUGAGGUUACAUCUUAGAAUUCAUACAGGGGAGAAACCAUAUACAUGCAUGGAAUGUGGAAAGAGCUUCACUUGUAGCAGUAGGCUGAGGUUACAUCUUAGAAUUCAUACAGGGGAGAAACCAUAUACAUGCAUGGAAUGUGGAAAGAGCUUCACUUGUAGCAGUAGGCUGAGGUUACAUCUUAGAAUUCAUACAGGGGAGAAACCAUAUACAUGCAUGGAAUGUGGAAAGAGCCACACCUGGGUGGAUGAGUUGGCCUGGGUGGGCGAGCAGAGGGAGAGACGCUCCCCGUCCAGUCAGGAGGGGCCCCACUGGGCCGGCCUUGCUCAGGGGACCCUGGCCCUUAGGAUUCGGCCCAGAUGCUGA